AGUGAGAGAAAAAGAGGGAUGUGCGUCUCGUGAGAGGGAAGCAUUUGUGAAACCUUCAUUUGUGAAACCACUCUUUGAAGGGGCAGUCCACACUCUGUUGCUUUCAAGACCAAAAGGCAUGUUAGUGUGCUAAAGCUAACCAUCUAACACCAUAGCACAGCACAGGACUGGACCAGAGUGAGAUCAGAGGAGAGAGAUCAAGAGCGACAUGAACGACAUCAAACUGGCCCUGCUGGGCAGUGAGGGCGCUGGGAAAUCAGCUGUCCUGGUGCGGUUUCUGACCAAGCGCUUCAUCGGGGAGUACGCCUCCAACACUAAUUCCCUGUAUCGUAAAAGACUAUCCAUUGACGGUAGACAGCUGAACCUGGAGGUGUUUGACCCUUGCUCUCAGGGAACUGAGGCUAGGUGUAUAGUGGAGGAGCCGGUGGACUGGGCUGAUGGUUUUGUGGUGGUGUACAACAUCAGCGACCGAACAUCCUUCAUCAAUGCCGAAAACAUUCUGCAGCAGAUCAGAGAGACACGGAUUGAGAACUGCAAAGGGGAGGUGGAGGUGCCAGUCUGUCUUGUGGGCAACAAGCAGGACCUGUGCCACGCCCGGCAGGUUUGUGAGGAGGAGGGCCGCUCGCUGGCGCAGGAGAACCGCUGCCUCUUCCAGGAGGUGUCGGCGGCCGAGAGCUACCAGGAGAUCGCUAACCUCUUCACCCAGCUCAUCAGACAAGUGAUGGAGCACCUCAAGUACCGCGCCGACCGACGCUGCUACAGCAGCUCCAAGUCUAUGGCCAAGCUUAUCAACAAUAUGUUUGGCAAGAGGAGGAAGUCCGUGUGAUAUCCCCAGAAAGACGGGCUGGGAUUGGCUGAGAGAGACAGAAUGGCCUACCUAGGACUCCGAUAGUAAGGAUAAUGGUGAAGAGGAUUCCCCCAUAAACCCCCCUUUAAAGGCCCAGGGUAGCGGUUUUGAUCUUUGAUCUCCAUAGCUUCUUCCCACUGUAUCAAAUAAUUUCCGGGUAACAAUAAAUUACUUACUUUAAUUGUUUUCGGUUACAAUUGUCCUCCAAAAAUAAUAAAAUGCUUUUU